ACUACAAGUAUGUACAAGCUUGCUCUCUUGAUGCUCCUAUACAGCCUAGGGGGAAAAGGGAUAGGAGAGUUGUUGAAUAAGAUGCAAUACAUCAUUUGCUUACCGGCUUUGCUCUACUGUCAGACUAAUGCUCAGCAAUGUCUUCGUGCAACUAAUGGUGAAAGGGAUCUACCAAACUUGAUCAGGCCAGGAGGUAAUAGCGUGCCACGGUUUGAGGUCAACCCAAUCCAAGCUAUCAUCACCAGCUACAGGUUUGACUGCUAUGGAGUGGUCACCGAGUGGAGAGCAAUUGUGCAGGGAAGUGGUAGUUCCUUCGUUGAUACUUACACUAUGUCCUUCCAAGUGUGGAGACCCAACUCUCCCUCACCCGUGGACACUGAUGGCUGCUACACUAUGCAAGGCACUAACCAUUUCCCAUCCAUUCCACUGUCUGAUCCUAACACUGCUGACAUAGGAAUAGUGACUGGGAUACCACCAGAGAGUGAGAGGAUUGAGGUCCAACCAGGAGAUGUGGUCGGGUUUUAUCUGGAGAAUAGUAGAGCUAAUACUCGUGAUGGUAUCCAGUUUGCUAGAGAUAUUAACAACACAAGUCCGUACACUGACGAGAGAGUUUGGUUUGCUACUGGUUCACUGACUCCUCGCCCUGAGGCAACUUGCAUGUAUCCUGUCGGCUCAUCUGGUCUACUCAGGUCCUCCACUAACCUAGCUCCACUCAUCACAGUAACUGUUUUAAACACGAGCUGCGUAACAACUGCAAGGACAACUGAUGCCACUGUAACCUCUACAACCACAGCUAUAGUACCACCAACCAUACACACCUCACCCACACCCUCACAAGCCACUGACACGACAACAGACGGUAACUCAGGUCCUAUUACAGCAGCUGACGAUAUUGGACUCUAUGUGGGAAUAGCAGUACCAGUUGGUUUAGUAACAAUUGCUGUAACAAUAAUAUUGAUUCUAUUGUGGUUUGUCAUACACAAGAGAAGAGCCAAACAACACAAGCAAUCAAUAAUUAGCUCUGGAAAAGAGGUCCCUUCAACUCAAGAGCCCCUCUAUACUACCAUCAAGAAAUCAACUGACUCAAACAGCAACCUAACUCAGAGCAAAGCCUAUAGGAAUACAACCGAUAAUGACUACUACGUGAACGAGGGAAUGGGAGGGAUAAAUGAAGUAACCAUGGAAACAAACGAAGCAUACGGCACAACCAAGCAACCACAGAUGGCCCAGCUAACCUACGACUAUAUUGCCAAUCCUUUAGCUGUAUCACAUGAUCCACCCACGAUACAAAACCAGGCCUAUGGUACCACUGCAGAAGUGGCAAUGGAUAAGAUAAGAAAUGAAACCUACGUUGGAGUGAGACAGUCAAGUUCUGACAAUGACCCCUCAAUACCCACCACAGAGAAUGAGGCAUACACUAGUGUGACUGCUAACACCAAGCCUGAAGAUGCUUAUGACUAUGUUAAACCAUAAAUUAACUUUUACGGAUGUAACGUGUAUCGAAAAUUGUCGGUACCCGCAGAUUUAAUUAAUGAACCAAGGAACAUAAUUAUAGAUUAACUGCUGUUAUUUUCAUGUACUAUAACUCAACCUACAUGUAAUAAUUCGUAUAGCAUGCGAUGUAAAUAACGUAUGGAAUGUAAGCCAGUCAGAUUAACUACCGUACGUAUAUUACUACAAUGUUUAGUGAGAAUCAAUAUGUGUGUAUACCGUAAAGCGGGUAAUUUCCGAGGGUCAAAACAUUCAUGGUUGAGCAAUAUUUAGUCAGUCCGUGGGUUAAUGUCCUGGCUGUGUGUGCAUGGUAAAGGUGACCUUCAUUCGUGAGUAAACUAUUCCUGAUCAGAGUUUCAACCACGAAGCCCACGUGAUUACCCCCUAUACAGUGUAUACCCAGCACCACAUUCAGUGUAAGUAGAUUGCAAAGUGAAUGGAAACUGUGGUCCACGUGACAGUAUCAGAUGCAAACCCCUUCUUUUUAAU